UUAGUACAUGCUGUAAUGAACGUACUGAUCAUGGCACACGAUUAUAAGCUUUAUUGCUAAGUUUUAUUUUAAUGACUGGCUGCCAAUUUAUAACUGGCCACUUGGAUUAACAAAAAAAACGGGAAUUUUCGGAUUUUUAAACAUUGUUGUGCCGUUUUUACUUCGUUAUCUUAGACAUAACCUAACAGUCGUUUACAGUUAUUGAACGUUACGAUUUACAGUGUUCAAAAGGGCUUAAUUCACUUCUGCAACACGAUCCAUUGUUGAAGAAAGGAUGUCAUCGUCUGCAGAACCGUUUUCCUACAUCGAAAUGAGUCGAGUCAGCGCAGCUGGCACUGUCAUCAGUAGCGACGAACAUCUCCUCAGAGAAAUGGAGCCCAAUGAUUUACAGGAGGCCGAGUGGUACUGGGCUGACAUAUCAAGGGAGGAGGUGAACGAAAUACUCCAGGGCAUGCCUGAUGGUGCUUUCCUGGUCCGAAAUGCGUCCUCCAAGCGGCAGGGAGAAUAUACAUUAACUGUUAGGAACAAUGGCACCAACAAACUCAUCAGGAUCCACCAUCAAGAUGGGAAAUUUGGCUUCUCUGAGCCUCUGACCUUCAGCUCAGUGCCGGAGCUGAUAUCUUACUACAGGCAUCGGAGCUUAGUCCAGUACAACAGCUCCCUAGAUGUCACGCUGGCUUAUCCCGUGUCCCACUGUGACCCGCUUCGCACCUUUUCAGAUCUGCCUGUGAAGGAAGAGUUUUUGAGUGCAACCAGAGAGAAAUUCCAAGAAUGUUUAAGACUGUUUCAAAAGACGGCCGAGUAUGACCAGCUCUAUGAUGCUUGCACUACGCUAUUACAGGAAAUCCAAAGGAGAAAUACAUUUGAGGCCGUCAGUCUGACCGAGAUCUCUAAAGAGCAGUGUUAUUCUCAAGAGAAUUCUUGCAAGGAUUUCCAACACCCAGUCCAGAGUGAGCUGAAAGAGUCUGAAUAUGAGGUGAAAGAGGAGGAGGAGAGGAGUGUGGAGCUCCUGGAGGAAGAGAGCUGGUUUGUGGGGGAUCUCGGUCGACGGCAGGCAGAGGAGCUUCUCCAGGGGAAGCCGUCUGGAGCUUUCCUCAUCCGCAACAGCAGCACCAAGGACUGUUACGCCUGCUCUGUGGUGGUCGGCAGCCAGGUGAGGCACUGCGUGAUUCGCCACACGGAGCGCGGCUUCGGGUUCGUCGAACCGUUCGAUCUCCACAAGUCUCUGAAGGAUCUGGUCAUGCACUACCAUCACACCUCGCUGGCACAGCACAACCAGGCUCUGGACGUCCGGCUCGCGUAUCCAGUCCACAUGUCCAGCUGAAUCCACUGGCCUCCUGCCGGAGAUGAUCUGCACUAAGACUGAAGGAGACUUCGCCCUAGUUGGCACGUCCCUUGAUUUUAGCAUUUGAACAGUUUACAUGUGCAAAGAUCGGAAGCGACUGUCAAGCGGUUUGUUUGUAUAUUGCACUUCCCAAAGCAUUCCUCACGGUCAUAAAGAUACUCCAGUACUGGAACAAGUGUUGAAUGAGCCCUUUGUAGACAUGUUUACAGACACUCACAAAAACGUCACAAUUUGUUUUUAAGGGUUUCGUAAUACAGUCAUGCUCUUUUAAGCAAACAGAUGCAGUAGUAGUUUUUGUGGGGAUGAAUGAUUAUAAUCUUUUUAUUAUAAUUCAUUCAUCACCGAAAACAUUUAAAAAAUGUAUCUUGUGAAUGUAACACCGUUAUUGAAAGACACACUUUCAAAUCUUGCUUUAUAACUAAAACAAGAUGCCUGCCGUUCAUGUUCUUUUUCGCACCCAAGUUUUUGACGCAUGAUUUAUUUGUUCCAGAGAAACAUCUUGAAAACUGGUUGAAUUACAUUUUAAAGACAGCUUGAAUAUUUUGUGCACAAUGCAAGUAUCCAUUUUGCACCUGUUAAAGAGAAACAGGAAAUGUAUUUGUUGAAUUUACGUUUCUGGCAUACUUCUAAUGUUUACCUUUUUUUUACUAUGCUUUUUUUUUAUUUUUAGGAAAGCCAGGGCAGUGUCGUUGUCUUACGGGCUUUUUCAUGGAGUUUAAUAAAUAAGUGUGUCUGUGGUAAACGACACAAUGCCAAACUGCUUAUUCUUAAGAUGAGCAACUCUCUGUAAAAUGAUUUUUUUAUUUGUCAUUUGGCAGCAGCGGAACGUUUCCCCUUCUUCUGCAGAGCUUAUUUUUUGCUACAGUGUUUUCCCUUGCAUGCUUCUUAAAGAAUAAAAUCAAAAGUGAUUGAGGAUAAA